GUAAGACUCCAUUCUGGCUUUGCCCUCAUAGUUUGAUCUAGACUUACCUCUUUGAGAUCAGAGAAGGUAAUUCCUCUGGCAAGAAUUAUCAGAUGCAAUGCUUCUGGUAAGAUAUUGGGCAAAUUCAAGAGAGGACGUGAAUACAGGAGCUGAAGCAAUGACUUUUCAGAAAACUUAGAAGAAGAUUCUGAACAUCAUGCGAUGAAGCACAGAAUUAAUGACUCAAAAACAUUGUUCAAAGUAUUCUCAAAGUUCACCGAACAAACAAGGAGCCACUUUGGGAAUCUGGAUAAAGAAGAGUUUAAAACUUUUAGGAAAAUUCCUGAAAGUCCAAUGAGAAGGAGCCUUAGCGCAAUGAGAGAGAAGCCUACAGAUUCCUCCAAUGUCGGGAUCUGAUUCAUUAAUCAAAAUUUCUACAAUUUUAAAAAAGAGAAUAAUGAAAGGAAACCCCGAAAGUUAUCACUUAAAGUGAAGAAGAGGGGAAGAAGUAUGAAUAAACCACUUAAAAAGCGAAGAUACAAAAUCGUGAAUUUAACUAAAGAGCCAAAGACUCAGUUGGAUACUCUUGAGGACAAGAAUAAAUCAAAAAGAGGCUUAGAACUUCUUCUACCCAAGAAAAAUGAAAAGAUCAGCACCGAUGACAGAAAGAAAUUGUGGUCAUAUAUCUGUAAAUUUGAUAAGAAAAUGAAGACUGGUGAAUUCGAGAAAAAUCUUAGGAAACCAUGCAACCAACUCAAAGUUAUUUAUGGGGAUCUAGAAAGGACUGUUGUUAAUGGAAGUGACCUAGUACCAAAAUCAAAGAAAUUUAAAGAUGCGGUCAAGUUGGUUAAAGCAAUGUGCAGAUCUAAGCAGGGUAUUUCUUAUGUACAAGGCAUGAAUCACAUUGCAGUAGCAUUACUCGAGAUCUUUACUCCAGAAGAAUCAUACUGAGUGUUCAAAUCACUUGUGGAUGAUUAUAAGCUACACAAAAUGUAUACUGAUAACUUUCCACUUCUUAAGUUAUUUUCAUAUCUACUGGAGACAUUAUAAUCGAAAAACACUUGCCUAAAGUGAGCCAGUGGUUCAAAAAUAAUUCCUUGGGACUAGAUAUUCUCUGACCAAAAUGGUUCCUGACUAUCUAUUCUAGAGACGACAAUAUAGAAUUAUUUUUAUAAGAACAGUUGACCUUCUCUUUAUCACUGGAACGAAGGCCCUAUUCCAAGUGGCUCUCAGUAUCCUAGACUUGCUUGAGAGAAAGGGUCAUCUUGAAAACUUUAAUUUUGAUGCUUCAUUAUCCGCUCAAGAAAUCAUCAGCAACACUAAAAACUUCAAGGUCAGCAAUAAGUUACUUAAAAGUUUGGAAAAAUAACAGUUCAGCUUUGAUGAAAAAGACCGAAAAAUCAAAAGAAAUGAAAAAUUUCAAAAUGCUUCCUCUAAAAUCCGAAAACUUCCUCGAACAGAAUAGCGGUGACGAAUCCUGACACUUUGACGAUAUAACCAUCUAACCCCGCCCACCUUAAAACCCAUAUAU